AUUUGGCUAAAGAGCUCACACUUCCACCCAUGUCUGUCUUUAACAACUCUGAGGUUUUUCUUCUGAUUGGUAUCCCAGGACUGGACCAUGUCCACACAUGGAUCUCCAUCCCAAUCUGCCUCAUGUAUAUAGCUGCUAUCCUAGGCAACUGCACCAUUCUCUUUAUCAUAAAGACAGAGCCCUCACUUCAUGAGCCCAUGUAUUAUUUCCUUGCCAUGUUGGCUGUUUCUGAUAUGGGCUUGUCCCUCUCUUCCCUUCCUACCAUGCUGAGGAUCUUCUCAUUCAGUGUCAUGGGAAUUUCACCCAAUGCCUGCUUUGCUCAAGAAUUCUUUAUUCAUGGAUUUACUGUCAUGGAAUCCUCUGUGCUUCUAGUUAUGUCUUUGGACCGCUUUCUUGCUAUUCACAACCCUCUAAGAUAUAGUUCUAUUCUUACUAGCAGCAGAGUUGUUAAGAUUGGAGUAAUAUUAGCUACUAGGAGCAUUAUUUUAGUACUUCCAUUCCCCUUCACUCUCCGGAGAUUAAAAUAUUGUCAAAAGAAUCUUCUUUCUCACUCAUACUGCCUUCAUCAGGAUAUCAUGAAGCUGGCCUGCUCUGACAACAAGAUCAAUUUCAUCUAUGGCUUCUUUGUUGCUCUCUGUACUAUGCUGGACUUCACAUUGAUUGCUGUGUCUUAUGUGUUGAUCUUGAAGACUAUACUCAGCAUUGCAUCUCUGGCAGAGAGACUGAAGGCCCUAAAUACCUGUGUCUCCCACAUCUGUGCUGUGCUCAUCUUCUAUGUGCCUAUCAUCACUCUCUCUGCCAUACACCACUUUACCAAGCACAAAAGCCCCUUACUUGUCAUCCUUAUUGCAGAUACAUUCUUAUUGGUGCCACCCUGAUGAACCCCAUUGUAUACUGUGUAAAGACUAGACAAAUUCAGGAGAAGGUUUUGGGGAAGUUACUUAACAUAUAUGUGAGAUAAGAAUUCGAAUAUGUAAGUAACAAAUAAUCAACAGUAAGUACUUAAUGGUACUGCUAUGUGU